AUGCUUGAACCUAUUGCUAUCAUCGGAUCUGGAUUUCGGUUUCCAGGAGGCGCCGAUACGCCCUCGAAAUUGUGGUCCGUUAUCCACAACCCCCGUGAUUUGAGCAGCAAACCGCCUGCUUCUCGCUUUGAUAUAGACGCCUUCUACCACCCGGUUGGCACACACCACGGUACCACGAACGCUACUAAAUCCUACUGGCUGGAGGACACAAAUAAGAGCAAUGUUGCCAAAUUCGAUGCUGGAUUCUUCAAUAUCCAGCCUAGUGAGGUGGAUGCCAUGGACCCCCAGCAACGUGUGCUAAUGGAAGUCGUCUAUGAUGGACUUUGUGCUGCUGGGCAGCCGAUGGAGAGAUUGCGAGGCUCUGAUACCGCUGUUUAUGUCGGCCUAAUGUCCGAUGACUGGAGCACCAUGUUGACUAGGGACUGGGAGACGCUGCCGAGAUAUACCGCUACAGGUCUCGAGAGAGGCAUUGUAGCAAAUCGUGUAUCUUAUUUCUUUGACUGGCAUGGUCCCAGCAUGACCAUUGAUACAGCAUGCUCUAGUAGCUUGGUUGCCCUGGAUCUCGGCGUCCAGGCUCUACGAAGUGGCAAGUCUAAGGUCGCAGUUGCUGCCGGCACAAAUCUCAUACUAAGCCCAGCAAUGUACAUUUCCGAGAGUAACCUUGGGAUGCUUUCGCCUACCGGGCGUUGCGCUAUGUGGGACGCUUCCGCAGAUGGAUAUGCGCGAGGCGAAGGUGUUGCUGCAGUUGUGCUAAAAACACUCUCCCAAGCCAUAGCGGAUAACGACCCAAUUGAAUGCGUAAUCCGGGAAACCGCCGUGAAUCAGGACGGUAAAACUACUGGUCUGACUAUGCCCAGCAACAUCGCACAGACAAAUCUUAUCCGUGAGUGUUAUGCCAGGGCAGGGCUAGAUCCAGCGAACAACCUAGAGGAUAGACCGCAAUUCUUCCAUGCUCAUGGCACGGGUACUCAGGCCGGCGAUCCGCAAGAAGCGGAAGCUAUUUCGAAUGCGCUUUUUCCCGCUGGGUCCCCUGCUGACAAGAUGGCAGACAAGCUGCUUGUCGGGUCUAUUAAAACUGUCAUCGGCCACACUGAGGGCACAGCUGGCCUGGCCAGUGUGAUCAGCACAUCUUUGGCGCUGAAAUAUGGCAUUGUUCCUCCGAAUCUACACUUUGCAAAUCUAAGUGCUAAAGUGGCUCCGUUCUUUAAGCACCUGGCGAUCCCCACUGCUCCGACCCCAUGGCCUGUCAAGGAAGGGCAGGUGAAAAGGGCGAGUGUGAAUAGUUUUGGCUUUGGAGGCACAAACGCCCAUUGUAUUUUGGAGCAGUAUAUCCCGGAAAAAAAGGCUAUAGCCCCCGUUUUUACACCUCUGACUUUCUCCGCUGCGUCGGAGGCGGCACUGCGGGAAAUGUUAUCCCAACACCUUGAUUAUCUCACGGGAAACCCAGAAACGGAACUUUCCGAUCUCGCCUAUACUCUACAACAUAGGAGGUCUACCCUAUCAUACCGAAAAGCCAUUUCUGCAAUGACCGUUCAAGAUGCCAUUACGUCACUAAAUGAGAUUGUCCACCCCCAGUCGGAUAAAGAAGAACUUGGAACCAGAUUUGGGAUUGUUUCUGACCCAAAGAUAAUUGGCAUUUUUACUGGACAAGGUGCUCAAUGGCCACGAAUGGGUGCUCAACUCAUUGAACUCUCCCCAUUUGCGGCAUCCCGUAUAUCUGAACUAGACGCUGCUCUUCAGAGUCUUGUAUCCCCAGGAGAUCGACCUUCCUGGACACUCAAAGAUCAACUUCUUGCUGGGAAAGACACUUCACGUAUAGCUGAGGCUGCUCUCUCCCAGCCCCUGUGCACGGCUGUUCAGAUAAUCCUCGUCGAUAUUCUCCGAGCGGCAGGCAUCUAUUUCCGUGCUGUGGUUGGCCACUCAUCUGGCGAGAUUGGUGCUGCCUAUGCAGCCGGCUUUAUAUCUGCACAAGACGCCAUACGUGUUGCCUACUUCCGCGGUGUACACGCUCGGCUAGCAUCUAGCCCAAAUAAACAUGCCCCUCGUGGAGCCAUGAUGGCAGUUGGCGCUUCAGCGGAGGAUGCCCGCGCCUUCUGCUCCGAAGAAAGGUUCGUCGGAAGGCUUCAAGUUGCCGCGGUGAAUUCAGCCUCCAGCGUGACCUUGAGUGGUGAUGAGGACGCUGUCACUGAAGCCGAGGAGAUCUUCAAAUCUCGAGGCAUCUUCGCCAGGAAGCUUAAGGUUGACACCGCAUAUCAUAGUGCUCAUAUGGCAUCGUGUUCUGGCCCUUACUUAUCGUCACUGGAGGGAUGCUCUAUCCAGCCAGCCACACCGCAAAAGACUUCACCCACUACUUGGUUCUCAAGUGUCUAUGAAGGCGAGCCAAUGACUAGUGACAGAUUAACUAACCAGUACUGGGUUGACAAUAUGUGCAAUGCCGUACUAUUUGCUGAUGCGCUUUCGAAAGCGCUAAAAAAUGUUGGUGAAUUCGAUCUUGCUAUCGAGGUUGGCCCACACCCUGCUCUAAAAGGACCCGCAACAGCCACUAUUGGCAAUGUCCCAUAUAGUGGGUUACUCUCCCGUGGACUUGAAGACGUGACGCAGGUCAGCGAUGCCCUUGGCUUUGUCUGGACUCGACUUGGCUCUGGCGGUGUUCGAUUUUCUGAAGUUGAAACUCUGCUCUCUGGCAUCCAAAGUAGGAAAAGCUUGAAAGACCUGCCUUCAUACCCAUUUGAACACCAACGCAAUUAUUGGACGAAUAGCCGCCUGGCCAACCAUUUUAAAAACAGGCGGGCUAUACAUCUCCCUAACCCAGUUCUGGGAGCUCCAUGUUCUGAGGCCACUACACCCGGAGAGUUUCAAUGGAGGAAUUUCCUGCGCCCUAAUGACAUGCCUUGGCUCAAGGGCCAUAGGCUGCAAGGGCAGACUGUUUUUCCUGCCACUGGAUAUGUGAGCAUGGCAGUCGAAGCUAUCAAGGGCAUCAUCUUUGAUAAUGGGGCUGAUAACACCGUCGGCAUGAUAAAACUGACUGAUAUUGGCAUCCCUCGAGCAAUCGCGUUCAAUGAUGAUGAUUCCAGUGUCGAAAUUAUUUUCAGCAUGUCUUCAAUCGAUAUCUUAACGACUAGUAUUACAGCUGAAUGGGCUUGCUACUCAGUGGCUGACGGCGGUAAUAUCCUGUUGAAUGCCAAAGGCAAAGUUUCUGGCCAACUAUCUUCUGCUAAACCUAAUACCCUACCUCUAGUUAAGGCGAAGGCUUUCAACCUGGUUACUGUUCCAGACGAUCGUUUCUAUGCAAAUCUUUCCACAGUUGGAUAUGGUUACUCCCAUCCAUUUACAGGCGUGUCCGAUAUCCAACGAAAGUCUGGUUAUAGUAUCGGUACACUCUCUGACCAAUCUGGCUCUGAAUGGGAUGAUAAGCUGGUCCUUCAUCCUGGUAUGCUUGAUUCUGCCCUCCAGACUGUUUUUGCGGCUUGGUCAUAUCCUGGUGAUACCCAACUAUGGUCAUUGCAUGUUCCGGUUUCGAUCUCCGCCGUGACGAUAAACCCAUACUUCACAAUGCUAGGUGCCGGUGGCAAGCAGGGAGCCAUGAAAUACGAAACGUUCAUUCGAAGCAAACAGCGCUCCCAGAUUAUUGGAGACAUCUACUUAAACACUGAAGAUAGAUCUCACACUAUUGUGCAGUUCGAAGGUGCAACACUAGUUCCGUUCUCUCCUGCCACUCCGAAGAACGAUCUUCCAAUAUUUUCUCAUUUCCAAUAUAAACUUGCCUCACCGGAUGGACAACUGGCCGCUGAGGGCGAAACAGUGACUGAAUUUGAAGUCCAGAUGUAUAAAGACAUUGAUCGUGUUUCCUACUGGUUUGCACGCCAUGCCUCUAUAUCCAUUCCUCUAGGGGAACGGGAUGGUUUACUCCCUCAUUUCCAAAAAUACCUCCAGUGGUGCGACCGGAUGGUUGGAAUGGUUAGUCGAGGCGAAACUCCGAAGGUUGGUCCAGAAUGCAACGAAGAUUCUCGUGAAGACAUUGGCAAGAUUUUGGCCCGGUACGAGGGUCGAAAGGAUAUUCGCUUUGUUGAAGUGGUAGGGGACAAUCUGAUACCCGUAAUUCGCGCUGGAAACUCUAUGCUUGAACACAUGAAUCAAGAUGGCCUUCUCCGGGCUUUUUACGAGGAGAAUGCCAUAUGCGCUGGGCCAACAAGCCGUUGGCUCGCUCGGGUUGUGUCUCAAAUCUCUCAUAGAUACCCUGGCCUCAAUAUUUUUGAAAUUGGAGCUGGUACAGGUGCAACUACAUCCUCGGUACUCCGUAACCUCAACGGUGCUUACUCCUCUUAUACUUUUACGGAUAUCUCCAGUGGAUUCUUUAUGGCAGCAGAAGAAAGAUUUGCCAAGGAAAGCGGCCGUAUGACCUUUAAGGUAUUCGACAUGGAGAAGGGCCCUGCAGAGCAAGGCUUCAUCGAAGGCUCGUACGAUCUAAUUGUGGCUGUGAAUGUGCUUCAUGUGUCUGCUGAUAUGGAGGCUUCAAUGUCAAACAUACGUCGUCUGCUCAAGCCUGGUGGAUUCAUAGUAGUGGGUGAACUCACUUCUACUGACCUCCUGUUCAGCGGUAUGACUGUUGGAACUCUCCCCGGAUGGUGGAUUGGUGCUGAGACAGGCCGCCCAUGGGGACCGUUGCUUACCCUUGACCAGUGGGAUUCAGUCUUGAAGAAGACAGGGUUUUCUGGAAUUGAUACGGUCACGCCUAAUAUCGACUCUUCCCUCCCUAUUAGUGUAUUUGUUGGCCAGGCUAUCAAUGAUCAAGUGACACUUCUCCGAAACCCACUUGCUGUCCAGAAACAUCCUGUCGGCGUACGAACUGACGCUCUUGCCAUUAUUGGAGGGACUAUGGACCGGGUGAAAGAGCUUGGAAAUCAAGUAUCUGGCGUCCUAUCCCACCGUUUCCCUGUUAAGGAGUUCUUCAAUACCGUGGAAGACUUUGCUUGCUCGGAUAUGGCUAAAUCAGUGUCUGUUUCUGGGGCAGUGUCAAUUCUUUCCCUCACAGACCUUGACCAGCCGUAUCUUGAUGGCCUGACUGCGGAUAAGUUUAAGGCGCUCAAGACAUGUGCAACGGCUGGAACUGUGAUCUGGGUAACCUGUGGAUCCCGUGAAGAUACCCCCUAUAGCUAUAUGAUGAUGGGUUUUGCUCGCACAAUCAAGAAUGAGAAUCCUGACUUGAGUUUACAAUUAUUCGACCUUGAUUCCAAGUCCGCAAACGGAGGUAUUGAACCAGAAACUGCGGCUACUCUGGCCGAAACACUGUUAAGACAACGCGUACUUCAGAGCUGGGGUAUUGAUGACGAUACCUUGCUGUGGACCGAUGAGCCAGAGGUGUUCAUAGAAAAUGGAAAGCAGAUGGUUACAAGGCUGCUGCCGGAUUCUGAGAAAAAUAUGCGCUAUAACUCACAACAUAGGGAGGUCUUCACCGAAGUCAAUCCCAUGACGGAUACUCUGGAACUGGUAGGAAGCGGCCAUGGUCAAGAGCGGGCUUUGGAGCUUCACAAAGUGUCUCCAUUAAGGCUACCAAACAUCCCUGAGGCCAAAUAUCGCACCUUGAGAAUCACUCACUCUCUCCUUCAGACAGUUGCCGUAGGAGCAGCAGGGUUCUUCAGACUGUGCAUGGGUGUCGAUGUCAAUUCAAACGAAACGAUUUUGGCACUCUCAAGUUCACCAGAAUCUCCAGCCAAUAUUCCAGACCGCUGUUGUAUUCCUAUUCCCGAAAUUCUUGAUACAAAUACCUUAAUCUCUAUAGCGUCAAGCAUUGUGGCUGAGCGGAUCCUUUCGUUCACUCCUGAAGGAGCUAUCCUACUUGUGAAUGAGGCAGACUCCGCGUUAGAGUCCGCUAUACACAGGAAGGCCAGUGCUAAAGGUGUCAAGUCUGUAUUCACUACCGCUAAACUACGACAGAAUUCGAACGGCAACUCACUAUUCCUUCAUCCAAACUUCCCUCGACAUGUUAUCAAAUCCAUUAUUCCGGAAUCUACGGCCGUUUUCAUCCAUUUCUUGCGAGGAAAUUCGUCUGAUGCUGUCAGAGAUUCCAUUAUUCCGUGUUUACCAGCUGCCUGCCUUCAAAUGAACGAAGAUGCUCUUCUAAGCCAUGAAAUCACUGGAGGACCCAACGUUGAACCAUUGCUAGAUCUAUCCCAGAUUCUACAGAGUGCGCUAGAUGACACCAAGGUUACAUCCGACAAUGGUCCUUGUAUCUCUCUAGAGUCUAUAUCUUCGAUCGAAAGUCUUGGAAAGCCUCUGACCGUAGUGGAAUGGACUACCAGUACGUCCCUUACGGCCAAGGUCCAACCUAUUGACUCUGGUAUGCUAUUCCGAGCCAACCGUACCUAUCUCUUCGUCGGCAUGGCAGGAGAGCUCGGUCAGUCUCUUUCUGGCUGGAUGAUUGCCCACGGAGCACGGAAUAUUGUCCUUACUAGCCGCACGCCGAAGGUGAACCCAGCGUUCAUAGAAGACAUGAAGAAGAGAUAUGGAGCAGUUGUUAAAGCCAUGUCUCUCGACAUAACGUCUCGCGAAUCCCUUCAUUGUGUUCACACGGCUAUCAAGGAUACCCUGCCCCCCAUUGCGGGUGUUAUGAACGGUGCUAUGAUCCUGGAUGAUGAACUGUUUUCAAAGAUGUCUUAUGAACAGUAUACGCGUGUUAUCAAUCCCAAGGUUCUGGGCACUCAGCUGUUGGACGAGGAGUUCCAUGAUGACAAAACGCUUGACUUCUUUAUUGUGGCCUCUAGUAUUGCAUCCGUCAUUGGUUGGAGUGGCCAAAGCAACUAUUCCGCAGCUAAUGAAUAUAUGGCUUCCCUUGUCUAUAAGAGACGCAACCGUGGAGUUGCUGCAUCCGCCAUGAGCAUCCCGGCGGUCCUUGGAGUAGGAUAUGCGGCAAAUUCGAUCAACUUCGACUUUGACUACUUCCAGUCAGUUGGGUAUAUCAAUAUCAGCGAGGAGGACCUACACAUUCUAUUCGCUGAGGCUGUAGUAUCCGGCCGCCCGGGCCAAGCGUCUCAAGUGAAGGCCCAGGUUGCCAUGGGAGUGAACUACCUGCCAAAUGACUUCUUCGUCCAAGAAGCCCAUAGACGAGAUGUCAAGUUCAACCACUUCAUCCUCCGUGAAGAGACUGGCUCAGAGAUUCAGGCUGUCAAGGCUGGGGUACGUGUCCGAGUUCAACUACAGACCGCCAAAUCUGAGCAAGACGCCUACACAAUUACUCGGGAUGCAUUCUUGGCUCACUUAAAACGUAUGCUACGGAUGACGGAAGAACAGAAACUGGAAGACUCCAUUGCCCUUGUUGACCAGGGUGUUGACUCACUUGUCGCAGUUGACAUUCGCUCUUGGUUCCUCAAGGAACUGGAAGUUGACAUCCCUACCCUCAAGAUACUUGGAGGCGGCUCAAUUGCCGACCUAGUGAAGACUGCGUUAGAAAACAUGUCGCCCAUCCAGGAGGAUACUCCCGAGAGCUCGAGCUCGUCUCCCCAGCAGGGGCUCAUUCUGCCAAAGUUGGGCCCACUGGCUCUAUACCGAGGAAAGAGACCGCCAGCUCCUCACCGUCGUCAAUGGGAAGCCCAGUACUUACUCCCGGGCUCGGAGACUCUCCCUCGCUCUCUGACGAUGACUCUAUUCCCACGCCUCUGCCAUCUCGAGCUGAUUUUGUUAAGAAAGGUGAUGUGA